CGCCGUAUGUACUUGUCAAGGUUGUGGCUACUUGUUAUGCGCACGCAUCUUGUUGGAAGCGCCGGCGUACUAGGGCGGGCGGUGGACUUCGCGGCAGGUUGCUGGAUCAAUAGUCGUUCUGACGUCAGUGGACGGGCGAGCGCCAUUGGCCCGUCCGGCAUUAUUAAAUAAACCUCCGGACGGAGAGGCGCGCGCUACGUCGCGCCGCGGGCACAGCACCGCAGCACGCGGCGGGCCCGCGCACGCCGCGCGCCCGCCAUGGCCGACAUGCCGGAUCUCUCGCACCUCACGCCUGAGGAACGAGCCAUCAUCGAAGGCGUCAUGAUGCGCCAGCGACAGGAGGAGCAGCGCGAACAUGAGAUCAUGAGGCGAAAGCAAGACGAAGUUGCUGUAUUGGAGCAGACAAUCCGCACUCGGAAUGAGAUGCAACGCGCGGCUGGAGUGGAGUUGGCCGCCACCUGCCACAUCUGCCUCAAGACCAAGUUUGCGGACGGCGUCGGGCACUCCUGCCAUUAUUGCAGGGUCCGGUGCUGCGCCAGAUGUGGUGGGAAAGUUACUCUGCGCUCUAAUAAGGUUAUAUGGGUAUGCAUAUUAUGUCGCAAAAAACAAGAACUAUUAUCAAAAACAGGACAAUGGAUACACAAAAGCGCUGGACAAGAUUCUAUGUUGUGGCGAAUGGAAGCAGAUAUGCGGGGCCUUCCACCUCAGCCAGACGCGACUCUCGACAAGCGGCCCAAACUAGAACGAGCACACAGUGCAGCAGAAAAAGAAAAUCAUCCACUUCAGAGAUCAGGCAGCGCUUUACGCCGACAGUACAGCCAACAAGAAGCUAGGUGUUACGGAGAAUUAGAAGGUUUAGCGCGCACACAUCCGCAUUUAGUACAUCCAAGGCAAAAGGCCGCAUAUGGUGUGGAUGAUAAUAUUGCCCAGCUGUCAUCAUCACAGUUGAUGCCUCACGUUCAGCCGCACCCACCACUGCCGCCACGUUCUUCCUCCUCUGACGAUGAGGUGCCGGAGUGCGUAUCGGACGAAAACGACGAGUGUCGUGACAGAGGACAACUUGAGGCGUGUGGGUCCCUACGGCACCCGCACCUGCGCAGCGCCAGUGUAGCUGUCAACAAUUAUUACAAUUUGACUAAUCAUUCGCCGGCCGCUUAUGAGUCUGAAGCACGGGGUGCGUUCGAAGCUGCUAGGCCAGGGCCCACCAACCGCAGCUUCGACUCUGUGACGGACUGUCGCUGGCGAGCUCGCGACGACGGCGAGGGCGCCUACCUGCGCCCGUACGCGCCAGACGAGGGCCCGCGCCCUGACCGGGCUGUUUAUAAGAGUGCCUAUUUGUGGGAAGACUCCUCCGACAACAGACGUUUUACCGAAAGGAGAAAAAAGACUGUCCGAUUUGAUGGCCAUGAGGGCGCUGCGACAUUUCCCCGGGGUGGGCGAGACGCAUCAGCCGCGCCCCAAGACUGGGCUUCCCUGCGCUGGGAGUCCGAGCGCCAGACCAGCCAAGACUCCGCAACCAAAGACUCGGGAAUCGAUACCUCUAGCACCUUCACGUCAAGUGAAGAUUCCAAUAGAGGCGAUUGCCCUAAGUUCCCGCAAAGCUGGCAAAUAUCUGCGGACGGAACCCGGAUGAUUGGCCACAUGGUGCUCCGCAAGAGCGUCGUGGAGGGCAGCUCGCACUCCUCGGCUGCUAUACUCGGACUGAAAGUAGUGGGCGGCAAGCUAUUGUCAGAUGGCACGAGAGGUGCUGUUGUGGAGAAGGUCAAGAAAGGAUCUAUAGCAGAUAUAGAGGGACAAUUACGAAUAGGCGACGAAGUUCUUCAAUGGAAUGGAGUGGCGCUCCAAGGUCGAAGCGCUGAGGAAGUAGCGGUAGUGGUGGCCGACAGCAAGCAUGAUUCUCAUGUUGAAUUGGUUGUAACGCGACCUAUCUCCGCCUCUAGAGGUUCUGUCCAGCCUUGGAGGACCCACAAAGAAGUCUACACGGAGGUUAUGGGAGGCUGUGAGAAACCAAGUGUACUAGUGACUUCACCAGGGUCGCCUGACGUGCACGCCCGUCGUCGCCCGCGUCACAACCAUCAGAAUGCGAAUGUUGCUGGACGCAUACAGAUAAAAGUGUAUUUCGACAUCAGCGCUCUGCAAUUGCUGGUGACAGUGGUUUCUGCCAGCGGGCUGACGCCCAGGGCUGACGGUUCCCCUCGUUGCCCGUAUUCCAAAAUUUUCCUCUUGCCAGAUAAGAGCGAAAAAAGUAAACGUAGAACCAAAACUUUGGCGAAUACCCUGGAACCCAGGUGGAACCAGACCUUCGUCUACUGUGGUAUACGCAUCACUGACAUAAAGAAGAGAACUUUAGAGGUAACCGUUUGGGAUUUAAAUCGAUAUGGACCAAAUGAUUUCCUCGGAGAAGUUCUAUUAGACCUUGAUAAUAUUGUAAUGAAUCACGAACCAAAUUGGUACACUUUACGGCCUCAUGAGGAGACCAGUUUCAGCAGAUACCGCGAGGAGGAGGCAGACGGGGAGCACCUGUCGCCGCCGUCGACGUCGACGUCCCGCCUUUCGGACUCCGACACUCCCAGUGAAUGUGACCUUCGUCGCCAUCACUCCCUGUCCAGUCUCGCUUCUAGCUCCAGUCCACCUCCACCACACGAUCGAAUAGAUGUAGAUGGUACUAGAAACAGCAGACGCGACAUGUCCCCAACAGGACGGUUGCGAACUGCGGGCAUAUCCAGAGAACGGAGUGGUGGCUACAGCGUGGCGCGUUCCCAGUCAGCAGCAGGAGUGGCGCGGCCGGCGCGCGCGCGCAGCAAGUCGCCGCGCCGCUCGCUGUCGCCGCCCGCCGACUCCGUCGGCUGGCGAUACCCAGGUGCCGAUCCGGGGCCGCGCCGAACCAAUGCCAAACCAAUCGUGACGUCACCCGACCCGAUCGGUCCGCGCACGUUAGCGGUUAGCGAAGACCGAGGCGGUGAUGGGUCGAGGUUGCCGACACAUGCGUACGCGCCACGCUUUCAAUCCCGAUCUGCGACCGCCACACCCACCACCAGUCCUAAGAAAAGACAGCUGCCUCAGAUACCCCAUCACCAGGGUACCCAGAGGGCUGUGCGCGCGCAAGUUUCAGCGGACCUGGAAGAACGUAAGUGGAUCGCCCCGCAUCACAUUGGCGCCACACUCACCUACCGCAGCACGCCACAAGGUUGGGAGCGGCAUUACGCCGGGCUGUCGGACUCCGAGCUGGCGGCCCGCGGCGGCGGCGGCUGGGCGCCUCGUCGCCGGCUGUCGCCGGACGCCGCCGCGGCCGACUCUGACCUGGAGUCCGUGGCUUCUGUCACUUCAAGUGCGUUCAGCACCCAAUCCGAACGACCGCGACCUACGCGCAUGCUCAGCUGCAGGCGAAAUCUUCCUCCAAACAGUACAUCAUCCUCUUGCGAUAGCGCUAUCCCCAAUCCAAUCCCGCGUCGUAUUUACGACCGAUCACUGCGUCGUCUAUUACCCCAAGUUUUGAUACCGGCAGGAGCGGAACGGGCGGUUCGGAGACGCAUUCGAUCGAAGUUCGAAUUAAAUUCAACAAUACCGCAAGCGAGUCGCAGCGCGCGGCCAACGCGACGCCAGCGCCGCUUGCUCGCCCGUAGCCGCUCUGCCGGAUCAUGUACUAAAGAUUUCACUCACCGCCAUAUUUACAAACGAAGUCUUAGCUUCCCUGAAUAUCCUGUCCAUAUUGACACUUACAAGAUAACAGAAAAUAGAAAAGAUUACAUAUUUCAAAUUGCUCUGCCUAGAAAUCCUAAACAUAUUCAAAACUCUUUGACAUCUUCUAUUAGCUGUGAACAGAGGAUGCUCCCAUUAAAUAUAAAUUGUCAGCCAAAGUCAAUACAAAUAAAGAGUCAUAAAAGGAAGUUGCAACAUCGAAAUGAACCACUUUGGCAUCCUGAGCGAUCUAACACCAUUGAUAACAGCUACUGUCAGCCACUAAUAUCCAAUGAAAUCCGACGAAAGAAAUUACCAAUAAUCACUAAUUUAAACAUAAAUAAGUCAACCGAUCACGUCCGAUCACUUCCUAAAAUACCACAUGUUUUUUUAAAUAAGAUUAAAGAUAAUGAUGAAAAUAAUGAAACUAGCAGUGAUAUUGAUAAAACAAACAUGCCUCUAAACCAUGAAGACAUUAAUCAGUAUCAUGAUUACAAUAGUCAAGGCCGCAUAGAAGAAAAAACUGUACUCGUGAGCGUUGAGAGAGAGAAUAGCUCUGUUGAUAACAAUGAUGCUAACAAAAAAGUUAAUUUUGGUGAAACACCAAAUAAAGUAGCGGCUAUUCCAAUAUUAGGUAAUAGUGAAAGAAAGAAAUAUCUUUCACUAGAUUUAAAAACAAAAUAUGAUUCAGAGGUAAAAGAUAUACAUUUACGGACAAAAUCUUUAGACAUUACUUCAAAAAUUUGCAGUAAAAUUGAUGAAGAUAUUUUGAAUCUAACAAACGACAAUAGAAAGAAAAAUAUACAAAGACGUCAUUCAGAUUCAUUGGUAUUACCUAAAUGUACACCCGAGACAAAAACUUCUCCGGAUGUAUUCAUAAAUAUUUUCAAAAAGAUGAGUAUAUCAUCAAAGGCUGACUUAGAAGUAUUCAAAACAAAUUCAAAAUUAUUAAAUUUUAAAAAUGAUUCAGAGACAGGAGUAAACAAAAAACACAGUAAUACGGUUAGUAUUAACGAAAUUCCAACUUUCCAAGAGUAUCGCUCCCCUAACUCCGUAUCACCCCAACCUAGUUUAGAUCUCUCGCAAAAACCUUUACCAUCAAUAAUUAAAAAAGCUCGACCCCGGUCGUAUUCUUUAUCAUCUACGAAUCAUUUAGAUCGAGAAUUUAGUAAGAUGGCUAACUCUAUAUGUAUUGCUCUUUCUCCCCCAAACAUCGGCUCGCCCCGUCGCGCGCUCACUCCUGUCGCAUCUCAUACGCCACUCGACGACACUCGUCUCACUCACAACGCGCCCACGGAACUACCGGCCGCCAACCAACCGACGUCCGUCGCUGGUCAAACUUGCCAAACUGGCCGGCGUCCUUCUGAUCGAAACAAAAAAAUAUCAAUGAAAAAUACUGGCAAAAAACAACAUAACAAAUCGACUCGACGGGGUUCGAAACGUAGUAACGACUAUAAUGGGCGCGAGAAUGGACGCAGCAACAACCAGCCGCAACCACUGGAGCGCCGCGAGUCCCGAAGAGGACAAUUCACAAGGAGUCUCAGCAAUGCUGAUGUCCCACCAGAUGAAAAAGCAGAUGGGAGCCUCAGCGACACUGCACUAGGAGGCGCCAGUGAAAUGGAGCCGACAAGUGAUGACGCGCUACUGAAAGCCGAACCACGGGAUUACUUUGGCCCCGGUAUGGGCAAGAAGAGUAAUUCCACCUCGCAAUUGUCUGCCACAGGACGGAAACGGAGGUUAGGUUUCGGUAAACGUGGAAAAAAUUCGUUUACGGUCCAACGCAGCGAGGAGGUGGUGCCUGGAGAAAUGCGGGGCGUCGUCGCGGGUGUCUCGCGAGCGUCCUCGGCCUCCAGCGAGAACGACGACGACAGAUGGUCGCCUGGAAUGCGAGGUUCUGGUUCAUCGGACGGCGGAGGCCUAUCGGAUUUUAUCGACGGAUUGGGUCCUGGGCAAUUGGUCGGCAGACAGUUGCUUGGCGCCCCCACUUUGGGCGAUGUGCAAUUGUCCAUGUGUUACCAGAAAGGAUUCCUUGAGGUGGAGGUGAUCCGCGCCCGCGGUCUGCAAGCGCGACAAGGCAGCCGCACGCUGCCGGCGCCGUACGUCAAAGUGUACGUGGUGAACGGCAAGCGAUGCGUCGCUAAGGCCAAGACUAGUACUGCGCGCCGCACGCUCGACCCGCUUUACCAGCAAACGCUUACCUUUAGAGAGAACUUUAAAGGUUGCGUCUUACAGGUCACAGUGUGGGGCGAUUAUGGGCGUAUUGAAGGCAAAAAAGUGUUCAUGGGUGUUGCCCAGAUAAUGCUUGACGAUCUUAAUCUUUCCAACAUUGUCAUUGGAUGGUACAAGCUCUUCGGAACUACAUCAUUGUAACUGAAGAGCAUCUUCUAGAUGUUGGAAGAACUUAUAUCAUCACAAUAAAACUUAAAACUUGUCCAAAUAAUAAAUAAAUUUAGUGAUACUGCUUUAAUAUCAUGAUAAAACGCGAAAUAUCUUGAAUAUAGGACAUUUUCUAUUAAACGAAGGGUUAUAAAUAAUGAUUUGUAUAUUUAUUUGUUUUUUGGAAUGCCUACCGGAGUUUUGAAUAGAUAGCAUUUUAUAGCAAUGAAACAAAUGUAUAGUGUACUCAAUAAUAUGUAAUUAAGUAUUAAAAGCCAAAUGAAAUUCAGUAUUUUUUUUAACUUUCCUAAUAAGUAUUAUUUUUAUUUUAAGAUAUUUUGAAUUUUUGCAACUGCAUUUA